GAUGAAGGGAGGAGGGAUAGAAGAGCAAAAAUUCAGGUCACCUGUUUCGUGAAAGUUUAUCAUUUGCUUUGAUGACAUGUAAAUUACCUAAAAAUGUAAACUUCUGGGCUCCUGUGUGGAUUGCCAGACCAGGCAGUUAAUGGCUUUGUUUCAGGCAAAACGUCCUUUGAAAAUAAUUGAUCAACCCUACUUCUAAAAUUGUCAACAGAACAUUUUUUUUUUUCAAGUGCUCAGGUGGCUAAAGAACUCUGUACACUUGUUUUACUGCUGCCCUCUUAGUAACUCCGCCGAAAACUUUCCAAGCACACAAGUAGGCCCCCUGGUUUGCCAGUUGUUUUAAGACCUUCUUCCUUUGGUGGUUUCUUAGCCAGUGGAGCACAGAGCAUCCCUAAUGAGGGUCCUGCCCGUGGUGAGGACAUGCAUUCUGAAGAGGAAGGCUUUGCUAUGGAUGAUGAAGAUUCUGAUGGGGAACUGAAUACCUGGGAGCUGUCAGAAGGGGUGUCCCGCUGUCUGCCCAAGGAACAGGCUGCUGAUCUUUUUAAUGAGGACUGGGACUUGGAGUUGAAAGCAGAUCAAGGGAAUCCGUAUGAUGCUGACGACAUCCAGGGUUGCCUUUCUCAAGAGGUCAAACCUUGGGUGUGCUGUGCCCCGCAAGGAGAGAUGAUCUAUGACCCCAGUUGGCACCAUCCACCUCCACUGAUACCCCAUUAUUCCAAGAUGGUCUUUGAAACUGGACAGUUCGAUGAUGCUGAAGACUGAAGGUGAAGCUUUUUGCCUGGCUGGGAGAUGGGUCCCUCAAGAUCAAGGGCUCUCUUCUUUGAGGUGAGAUGUCAUAUCUGAGGAAGUAUUCCCAGUGAUCCCUGAGCCAGGCACACAGACUGGUGUUAAAUAAGGUCCCACUGUCCCCUGGUUCUGUUGUUGUUUUUAAUGAGCUCCUCCUUGGAUGUGUGAGUGUUUCUGUGUCAGGAGGAGGAGUUGUUUUCUUUAUAAAUAAAGGUAGAAAAAAAAAAUCAA